AUGGUGAAUCGCCAACGGUUGAUCGAACUCAGAAUUAAAGACGCCCUAAGCUCAUACCCUCGCAUCGCAUCUGUUGUUUGCUUUCUUCUCUUGCAUCGCACACUCUCGUUGUCUACCUCGCCACCGACUAAGCUUAUCCCCAUCGCCAUCUGCAGCCGUCGCCACCCUCCCAGCGUCAUCUCCGAUCGUCGCCACCCUCACCACCGCCAACUCCAGCCGUAUCCACAACAGAACUGA